GAAAACGCAUUUGGCGGGGAGAAUUCAUCUAUUUUUUUUCAUUUCGGAAAAUAAAAAAAAUGAACGUGGUAUCGUUUUCGGAUGUUUUUAUCUUUUUCUCUCGAAAAGGGUUCUUUCUCUGCAACAAGUGCGGAAAACAAGAAUUUUCGGCAGAAGAAUCAAAUGGGGUUUAUGGCUAAGUACUGCAAAACCUCUCAUGUGGCAGAAGGAUUGUUUUACGUUUCUUUGUUUGGCUGGAGAUAGAUUGUUUAGUCAGUUAAGAGAUCUGGGUAGUAGGGGUUACAUUGAAUGCUCCAAUCAGGAUUCACAUCUUCGUUUUGCUGGAGGUUUUGAGAAGGUCCUUCAUAUUUUCGAUGUUAAUCAGGUCCAAGAUUAGUUCAUAUAUUUCCCGGAUCUAUAUUAGAAUGGUAGCAUGGCCUCAUAGUGAUCAAAUAAUAUCAAGUGGAUGCUUCGAUAUUGGAGGUGUGAGGUUGUUCGGACACUUGCAAAAAGUCCAACAUUUGCUAAGGAUUGGGCAACUUCAGUUUGAAGCUGAUGUGAAAUUGUGAAUAGGCUUUUCCUUUACACCUGGUUGUUACCAAUCAUUUUCUUUCUUACUGGAUUUUCGACUAUCCUGUAAGCACAUAUAACCAGUGCCACCUUGUAAAAGUGUUUUUGAUGUGAAUAAACCUUUUUCUUACUCGUUAUCCUUUAUAUGUUCCAUAUCUUAAUGAUUUUAACCAGAAGUUAUUGAUUUUGAAAACAAUGUAUACCAAACACGUUUUUUAAAACAAAGAAAGAAAAAAUGCUAUUUCUGAAAAUGCUUGAAAACAGUUUUUGAAACUCAAACCAAACAGUGUCUAAGUUUGUACUUUUUGAAGUGUUAUUUCGGAGCUUCACUAGUGUUUGCACUUUGUUUAUGUUUUGUAUAUUUACAACGUUAUUAAAUUUGCUGUGCGGUUGUCAGGGAAGAAACAAAGCUCUGUAUGAACCACCAGUGAACUCAGAGGUAUGUACAGAGAGUUGUCAAGUAGACAUUAGUAUACCUGAAUGUGAUAGAAAAGUAGCUUUUUAAUUUGUUGUUACUCAAGCAUUUAUCAGGGAUUGGAUGUUGCAAAAUAAAUUACAGAAACAGUUCUCAAUCUAUUGUUUUUUCAAUAGCUCACUCUCUCUCAAGACCAGCAGGAUAAAAUUUUGGAUAAAUUGAAAUCUCGUAAGACUCAUAUAGUGUUUGCCUUCCCUUGAUGGUGUUUCCAAUUCCCAAGUUUGGUCUGAGGUUGAUGCAGGUUAGUUUGCGUUGUUCCGAUUUAUUGACUUCGUUCUGUUUAUUUGACUUCUUCAAAACACUGGCAAAUUUACAAGUACUGAAGAACAUGAAAUUGAUUGAGUUACUGUGGUGUAAUUGUUCUAGAGGAUUAUGGCUUGCAUAUUGUUAAAAAGAAUUCUGCAAGAUUCUUUUUUCACCCUUUUCUAUGUGAAAACUUAUUUUUGCACCCUUUUCUGAGAGUUAUUGAUCCAUAUCUACUAAUUCAGUAGAGGCACUUGGGUAGAAUAUAAAGCUCUGAUUCAUUAUGGUUUAUGUUUAACCUGUUAGUACGAAGAAUCUCAUUCUCUCAUGAACUGUAUACUGACCUCUGGCAUACUUGUGCUGGUCCUCUUGUUAACUAAUGCACCUUUCCCGAGAAUUCCCACUGGAGUAGUUGGGCUGCUUGUGAACUAUGACCCUGCAUCUUUUGAUACUGAUUAUAAGAAAAGUUCACAAUUUGAUUCAUGUAAUGCGAGGCAGUCUAAGAAAAGUUAGAGGCAAUUCACUGCACUGUACUCUUCUCGUGCGUUAACUACACAUGCCUUGAACAUAAAGUCUCCAACAUCUUCAAAAGCUAUGCAUACCGGUUGAAGAUUUGGUAGUACUGUAAAAUGGGUAUUAUAAGCUCCAUAAUAUUAAUUUUCUUGAUCUAGAGUAGUUUGGUUGUUCUUGUGUAGGUCAAUGAAGACUCCUAGCAGCGAGGGAGUUGACGUGGAAGAUGACACCAAUGACAAUGAUAGAGAUAAAAAUUUCUUGGUAGAGUUCAAAACCGUCUACUCACAUUGGAGUGGGACCCUCCCCCCAAAAUGCCACCCCAUGCUAAUCUUGGGGUGGCGGGUCCCUCCCCAAUGUGAGUAAACGGUUUCUCCAAUACCACAGUCUACCAAGAAUGAUCUAGAUAUAAACAGACUCGCGGCGUCAAGCUAGUCAAAUAUCAGAACCAAGCUUUAUUGUCUGGUUUGGCAUAUUGCGUCACAUCACGCAGUACGAUGCUUAUUACCAAGAAUGUUCUCUCUAGCUAUGUUUUUAAAUACCCGGAUAUCACUGAUGCUCUGCCAGAGUCACUUACUUAAAAAUUGGUUAGGGCCUGGUUACCUGUGAAUUUGUUGGAUGCUUAUGACAGGCCCUUAUCAGUCUGAAGUACAUUAAAAGUUGCUAUGGUGACAAUACUGGAUAAUGUUGCAAAGUUUUAACUGCUCUUGGUGAAAUGCACCUUUUCAAGAAGAGACUCGACAGCAGAAUCUGGGCCAAUCUGUUCUUUAUGGUCAUUUCAGCCAUAUCUGGUGGAGUUAAAGAUAUCAAGUUUCAUGCUGUGGGUUAUACGUGGCGGAUACAUAAUUAUUACUUGAUGGUGUCAUAUUCGGCAGCAACCUCUAGUUUUAUUUUUGUUUCUGUAGGCAAUAUAAGUUGAAUUGGGGGAAUUUUAUUUUUCACCACCUAUCGCAUCUUCUUGUGAUUUCUACAGUUACUUUGUCUUUUUCCUUUUCUCCAGCGGGCUUUAUUGAGAGUCAGCAUUGUAGAGAGUUUGAGCUGUUCUAUCGUGGACAACAAGAAGACAGGUACCUCUCAAAAGCUUGUGGAACCUUCUCCAUGGGUCUUUGGGUUUGAGAACCGCGACUUGUAGAUAACUUUGUGUCAUAUUAUACAGUUCUCGAUUAUGUAUCCAUCAACCUAGCUGUGCUUGUUGUACACAACCUUCAACGGAUCAUUUACAUUACUGUUAUACCAGUUAGCCCCACCAUUUACGAGGAUUAAAUAUUUUGGUUCUCAUGUUGUGCAUCAGAGUUAUUGAAAUGGAUUGGUUAUUUUCCUUCUUCUUCCUCAUCUUCUUCUUCUUUUUCUUGUGAGAAAUCUGAAAUGGACUACUCUUACCGAUGAAUAACUUUUACCAAGUCUAUUGUUUGCAGUGCCUCCUCUGAAAUAUUUAUACUCCGGAAGGAUUUCUUUCAAGAUCAGUCUUUGCUUUCCAGUGAGAGAAAGCGAGAAUGAUGAAGUCUGUAAGUGGAUUUGAAGCAGUCAAUAUAUACAUUCAUUCUCCAUCUCCUUCUUGUACAUAGGAAGCAUAGAGAAGACACUCUACUUAACAAUUUUCUCUGACAAGUCCCCUGAAGAGUGAAGAUGAGACUGCAAGACAAGUGCUUGUGGGUUGUGGGCUUACUGAAAUGAUAUAAUUAGUACAACGAAAGUAUGAUAACUAACACAUACUUAAAAAGCUACCAGUAACAGCACAGCAGCAAUAAUACUCCCGAAGUGUUCCCACUACAGUUUGCUCAAAACUAUGAAAAGCCAAGGUAAUUAAUUGCAUUGAUUGCACAGUAUGAAAUUAAGGACCUAAGUGACUUAAACUGGAAGAUUUUGACAUGCAUAAGUUGUUUCUUUUUAUUCCGGCAGAGAAUAAUUUUCAAAAACUCAUGGAAGGAAAUGUUUUUUCUUGCCUUAUUUAUUUUAGAAAGAGAAAAAAUAAAGAGGUUUUAGGAUUUUGUACAGAAUUUCUUUCUCACUAAUCUUUAUGUGACCUCUUCUUCCUCUUCUAAAGCACAAAAUUUUUAAAAUCGCUAGAUUUAUUAUUAAAACUUCAUCAAUGGUAAUACUUCAAAGUAUUUAGUUGUAUAUCUGUCUUUAAACAUAGACUUUUUAGGGUUUAGAUACUAAUGGAGUUUAUGAAUGACAAGUUCCCUGAAGGGCUACGUGUUUUGGCGGUUGAUGAUAGCUCCCUUUGCUUAAAACUUCUUGAGUCUUUACUCAAAAAAUGUCGUUAUGAAGUAACUGCAACGCUGUCUGCAAAUGCUGCUUUUGGUUUAUUAAGAAAGAACAAGAAAAACUUCGAUAUCGUUAUAACAGAUGUACAAAUGGAUGAAAUGAACGGUUUUGAGCUGUUGAAAACUAUCGGUCUUGAAAUGGACAUACCAGUGAUUAUGAUGUCUACGAGUGGCGACUACGAAACGGUGAUGAAAGGUAUAGAGCAUGGUGCAUGUGAUUAUCUUGUGAAGCCACCGUCACUGAAAGAGAUUCAAAAUAUAUGGCAACAUGUGGUUAGACUUAAGAAAAAUAAAUCUACUUUGAGUGCUCCCGAUACUGAAAAAAAAGGAACCGAAAGAAAUUUAAGGAGGAAAAACAAUAAUCAAACAAAAAAUAACGAGGAUGAAGAUAGUAGCCAUUCUUCUGAUGAACUAUUACCGAAUCAGAAGAAAACAAGAAUUUCUUGGGCAGACCCCGAGUUACAUGCAAAGUUUGUUGAAGCGUUUUAUAAGCUAGGAGAUAAAGCUGUUCCGUCAAAAAUUCUCGUAGAAAUGAAUGUCCAAGGACUCACUCGUGAGAAAGUUGCCAGUCAUCUUCAGAAAUAUAGGAAGAUAUUGGAGAAACAGAGCAAAAAACCCAAUAGCAUCACCACAUUCAAUGGAAUGAGUGGACGUCUGCGGAAUUCUACCUUUCCAUCUCUUCUUAAUCUCCAAUUUCAAAAUGGAAGGAAUUACCUCUCUAGUUCUCAAUCAUAUCAUCGGGGAACAAGUCAAUUAAGUCAUUAUGGUGUCACUCCUAAUGCCUCGAACCGUUCGUCUGUAAAUCCACAUCCACACUUUCUUCCUUCCACCCAACCAUAUACUUCCCAGUAUUCCUCCACUCUUGGCACAAUAAAUCAAAACCCUCAAAAGAUACAAGUUUCCGACUCAACAAUGCACAAUUUACAUAACCAAACAUAUGCGAGUGGAUUAAAUGCUCAAACCUUUUCUUCAAGUUCUAAAUUAUUUGAUCCUCAUAUGGUGAGUUCAUCCAAGUUUCCAGAUUACAAUGCAAAUAUACAUUCGGGAACAAGUAAUUUUCAGUUUGGGGAAGCAUCGAAUGUGCUAGCUAAUAACAACCUUUUUGAUGAUCUCACCUAUUAUCCCAUGCUCGACCAUGCAAGCUCUAGUAAUUUGAACACAGUUUUUCAGAGUGAUUAUACAUUCAACAUGACUCACUCUACUCUUUCAGGCUAUGAUGAUGGAAUGAGGAAUAUGAUUGCUCCGACCAUACCAAGUACCAACGUGAUGGAAUCUCAAAGUGUUGACCAGAUACCUUCGCUGGAAAAUCCUUUAGCCUUUCUCGAGACAGAUAGUGAUCACCUUGGUAGUUAUAGCUCGGCAGAUGAUGAUCUUAGUGCAGCAAUUAGACCGUAUCAACAGCAAUAAUGCAGUGUGGAUUUCCAAAAAUUCAGCAGCUACAAAGCUUUCUCAGAGUAAGAUUAAGUUUUGUUAAGGUACAUAAUAAACCUGUCAUUCCCACAAUUCGAUAUCGCUUGUUGUGUUCAAAUGGGCUAGGAAAAGCUACGUUAAUGUUUGACUUAUUUCUCAUAUCUUCUCUUGAUGUUUGAGGUAAUUCAGAAAUACCAAUUGUAUUUAGACUUACUUGAUAGAAAUGUUUAAACAUUUCAAACCUAAUUUUUGUUAAUAAAAUUUUAGAUAUUGCAACUA